AUGCAGUCCUCUCCAAACAUGCUCACCAAGUUUGAAUCUAAAUCAUCCAGAGCCAAAGGAAUUGCCUUCCAUCCGAAACGGCCAUGGAUCCUAGUAUCUCUUCAUUCGUCUACUAUCCAGCUAUGGGAUUACCGCAUGGGUACUCUCAUUGAUCGUUUUGAAGAGCAUGACGGCCCUGUCCGAGGCAUUGACUUCCAUCCAACCCAGCCCCUCUUUGUGUCCGGAGGCGACGAUUAUAAGAUUAAAGUCUGGAGUUACCAGACCCGGAGAUGCCUUUUCACACUCAAUGGCCACCUUGAUUAUGUGCGAACCGUAUUUUUCCACCACGAGCUUCCUUGGAUUCUCUCUGCGUCCGAUGACCAGACGAUCCGGAUAUGGAACUGGCAGAACCGGUCAUUAAUUUGUACAAUGACGGGCCAUAACCACUACGUGAUGUGCGCGCAGUUCCACCCAACCGAGGACCUGAUCGCCUCCGCCUCCUUGGACCAGUCCGUGCGCAUUUGGGACAUUUCGGGGCUGCGCAAGAAACACUCGGCUCCAACUACAAUUUCGUUUGAAGACCAGAUGGCUCGAGCUAAUCCUAGCCAGGCGGAUAUGUUCGGAAACACUGAUGCAGUUGUGAAGUUUGUCUUGGAAGGUCAUGACCGGGGUGUUAACUGGGUCUCCUUCCACCCCUCUUUGCCGCUGAUUGUCUCCGCGGGUGAUGACCGUCUUGUCAAGUUGUGGAGGAUGAGUGAUACGAAGGCGUGGGAGGUUGAUACCUGCCGCGGUCACUUUCAGAACGCCUCCGCUGCCCUCUUCCACCCACACCAGGAUCUGAUACUCUCCGUUGGUGAAGACAAGACAAUCCGGGCAUGGGAUUUGAACAAGAGAACCUCUGUACAGUCCUUCAAACGAGACAUGGACCGGUUUUGGGUCAUCGCCGCUCAUCCAGAGAUCAACCUCUUCGCUGCUGGCCACGACACAGGUGUCAUGGUUUUCAAGCUGGAACGGGAAAGACCUGCGUCUGUGGUAUACCAGAACCAGCUCUUUUAUAUCACGAAAGAGAAACAUGUCAAGUCCUAUGACUUCGCCAAGAAUGUUGAAUCUCCACCUAUGCUCUCGUUGCGCAAGCUCGGCUCAGCUUGGGUGCCGCCAAGGACAGUUUCUUAUAACCCCGCAGAGCGGGCUAUUCUUGUCACUUCCCCCACAGAUGGAGGCGUUUAUGAGUUGAUCCAUCUGCCACGGGAUGCGACGGGCGCCGUUGAACCCACUGACGUCAAGCGAGGCCAAGCUUCUUCAGCCGUAUUUGUUGCCCGUAAUCGCUUUGCUGUUUUCAACCCGGCAAACCAGCAGGUGGAUAUCAAGGACCUGAGCAAUUCAACAACCAAGUCGAUCAAACCCCCACCCGGAACGACCGAUAUUUACUUUGGUGGAACUGGUUGCCUCCUCUUUAUCACUCCUACUGCAGUCGUGCUUUUUGAUAUCCAGCAGAAGAAGCAGCUUGCAGAACUGGCUGUCUCUGGUGUUAAGUAUGUUGUCUGGUCAAAUGAUGGCCUGUACGCAGCCUUGCUCAGUAAGCACAAUGUUACAAUUGUCACGAAAACUUUGGAACAAGUGAGCACAUUGCAUGAGACGAUUCGCAUCAAGAGUGCCGCAUGGGAUGAUGCUGGUGUUCUUCUCUAUUCUACUUUGAACCAUGUGAAGUACUCUCUCUUGAAUGGGGAUAAUGGCAUUAUCCGGACCCUGGAGCAUACAGUUUAUCUCGUCAAAGUCAAAGGCAGGAGCGUCUACUGUCUGGACCGCAAUGCCAAGCCUAGAGUUUUGGAGAUCGACCCUACGGAAUACCGGUUCAAGCUGGCCCUGGUUAAGAGAAAUUACGACGAGAUGCUCCAGAUCAUUAAGACGUCUAGCUUGGUCGGCCAAAGCAUUAUCUCGUAUCUGCAGAAGAAGGGCUACCCUGAGAUUGCAUUGCAGUUUGUGCAAGAUCCUCAGACUCGCUUCGAGCUUGCCCUUCAGUGUGGUAACCUUGAGGUCGCCAUUGAGAUGGCUAAAGAGCUGGAUCGGCCCAACCUCUGGAGCCGGCUUGGAGCGGAAGCGUUGGCCCAUGGCAACCACCAGACAGUCGAGAUGGCUUAUCAAAAGCAGAGGAAUUUUGACAAGCUGUCUUUCCUCUAUCUGUCUACCGGCGACCAAGAAAAGCUGUCAAGAAUGGCCAAGAUUGCAGAGCACCGUGGCGACUUCACUUCUCGUUUCCAGAACGCCAUCUAUCGCAGUGACAUUGAGGAUAGAAUCCAAAUGUAUAAAGAGGUUGAUCUAUAUCCCUUGGCGUAUCUUACUGCAAAGACCCAUGGAUUGACCGAAGAGGCCGAAUCUAUUCUCGAAGCGUCUGGCCUCACAGAGGACCAGAUUACCCUUCCCAGUGUUGAUGAGCCUGUGCGGGUGCCCCACCCCAUUGUUCCGACUUUCAAAUCAAACUGGCCUGCUAAGGCUGCUGCACACUCGUCCUUCGAGAAAGCCUUGCUCGGAGAAGUCGGUGUGGUCGACGAUGAAGCCGCCGCGAUUGGCUUUGAGCCAGAAGAAGAGGAAGGUGUUGCUGCACAGGAGACCUUUGACGAUGAAGAGGAAGACGUCGGCGGAUGGGACAUGGGAGAGGAGAUCAAUGUUGAGGAGGAUGUUGAUUUUAUCAACAUCGAUAGUGCAGAGGCCGGCACUGGAAGCACCGAGGCCGAUCUCUGGGCCCGUAAUUCCCCUCUGGCGGCAGACCAUGUCGCUGCUGGCUCCUUUGACACCGCCAUGCAGCUCCUGAAUCGUCAAGUCGGUGCUGUCAAUUUCACCCCUCUCAAGCCGCGGUUCGUUGAGCUAUAUAAGGCGUCGAAGACGUAUCUCCCUGCCACGGCUGGCCUUCCUCCUUUGGUGAACUACGUUCGACGGACUGUCGACGAGACCGACAGCCGCAAGGUCCUGCCUAUUAUCCCGAGAGAUUUGGAGACAAUUGCCAAUACCGACUUACAAGAGGGUUAUGCUGCAAUGAGGGCCAACAAACUGGAAGACGGUGUUGUAAUUUUCAAGCGUAUCCUGCAUUCCGUUCUGGUGAACACGGUGUCGUCCGAAGCGGAGGUGGAGCAGGCCAAGAAGAUUAUCCACACUGCUCGCGAGUAUAUCCUCGCUAUGUCUAUUGAAUUGGAACGCCGGUCCCUCUCGACGGACAGCCCAGAGGAUCUCAAGAAAAGCCUUGAACUCUCUGCUUACUUUACAAUUCCCAAGCUGGAAGUGGCCCACCGCCAGCUCGCUUUGAUGGCCGCCAUGAAGUUCGCUUUUGCUAACAAGAACUAUUCAUCGGCUCUUAGCUUUGCCAACCGUAUGUUGGCCAACGGUGGCUCCGCCAAGCUUCUUGAACAGGCCAAGAAGAUCAAAGCCCAGUGUGAGCGCAGUCCGCAAGACAAGAUCGACAUCGAAUUUGACCAAUUUGCCGAAUUCGACAUCUGCGCCGCCUCGCACACCCCUAUCUACAGUGGCUCCCCCAGUGUGUCUGACCCCUUCACCGGAGCCAAGUAUCAUGAACAGUACAAGGGCACCGUGUGUCGGAUAUCCGAUGUGACAGAGAUCGGCGCGCCGGCCAGCGGAUUACGAUUGUUUGUGCCCGGCCAGCUUUAA